AUGAUCAUUGUCAAGAGCGCCCUCACCAACUACGCACAUCGCCUUCGGUUGCGGGAAGUCAUUCGUCGACAGACUGCGCAUCUUAAUGCCACUGUGGGGAUCCUCUUCAGUCUCGGUCUUCCUGCGAAUGGCCAAGUGCCUUCCGAUCUGCUCAAAGAGAUCGCACAAUUCGAUGACAUCCUGCUUGCGAACUACACCGACACCUACCUCAAUCUGACAAUCAAGACAAUUGUCAAUUUGCGCUUUGUUCAUCGCUUCUGCUUGCACGCCAGCUCAUCCUUCGUUUUCCUCGAUGAUGACCACGCGAUAAAUCUGACACAACUGCAUACAUACUUCUCAAACUUUUCCUCAUCUGAAAUCCGUGGAGGCAUCUUUGGUUUCAUCAACUCCAACACCCCGGUGUUGCGAGCGCCUGGACGUAAAUGGUUCACGGAGCGGGAAAUGUUCCCGUUCGUGAAAUAUCCCGACUACGCGGCAGGCCCUUGCUAUAUCCUCGGCGCCGACCUCAUCCCAAAAUUUUCUAUUGGUGCAGCUUUCAUACGAAUGUUCCCCAUUGAAGACGUCUUUGUGGGCCUUAUUACCCUAAAGUUAGGUCUCCGCAUUCAUCCUCUGCCCAAUAUGUACAUUCAUCAAUCAUACCUUCCUCCGCACGUAUUCCCCAUAGUAGCAGGAGUGGACUUUUUCAACAGGCAACUUAAUGUAUAG